GCGGGAGCGCCCGGACCCGCGGGGCUGUGGGCGGCGCGGCCCGGGCUUGCAGCCAAGCCGGGCGGGGCCGGGCGGGCGGGAAAGGGCGGGCCUCGGGAAGGGCCACCACCUCCCGCCGCGCAGUGCCCUUCCUGGAGCCGAGUCCUCGUCGUCGCUGAACUUUCCGGAACCGCAGCUGCAGCCGCAAUGGCCCCGCCCUGGGUGCCUGCUGUGGGCUUCACGCUGGUGCCCAGUCUGGGGGGCUUCCUGGGCGCCCAGUACAUCCGCGGAGAGGGUUUCCGCUGGUACGCCAGCCUGCAGAAGCCCCCGUGGCACCCGCCCCGCUGGAUUCUGGCCCCCAUCUGGGGCACGCUCUACUCGGCCAUGGGGUAUGGUUCCUACAUGAUCUGGAAAGAGCUGGGGGGCUUCUCGAAGGAGGCGGUGGUUCCCCUGGGCCUCUACGCUGGGCAGCUGGCUCUGAACUGGGCAUGGCCUCCCCUCUUCUUCGGUGCUCGACAAAUGGGCUGGGCUUUGGUGGAUCUCCUGCUGACUGGCGGCAUGGCAGCAGCCACGGCCAUGGCCUGGCACCAGGUGAGCCCGCCGGCUGCCUGCCUGCUGUAUCCGUACCUGGCCUGGCUGGCCUUUGCGGCCAUGCUCAACUACCGCAUAUGGCAGGACAACCAGGGCCGGAGGAGCGGCCGGCGGCUCUCGGAAUGAGGACGCCUCGCCCUCCGAGGACUGCAGCCGCUGCGGGUCAGGCACUGCUGGUGGUGGGGUCCCCGGGCUUCCACAGCCACCAGGCCACCUGUCUGCUCUCAGCCCAGGGGGUGACCAGCAGUUCCAGAGGUGCUCCUCUGAGCUGAGCCCCCAUCCCAGAAACAGCGUCCUGUGCCUUCAGCCCUGCUCGAAGCUCGCUUUCGGAACAUGGAAUUUUAUAAGCCAAAUAAAGUGUUUCAACUUCUUG